GGAAGGUGGCGUCAACACGCUUCCUCCAUCAUGUAGCAUUCUAUUGUUCGUGAGUUCUCUGCACAUAUAAAGAUAUCAGGGCAUCAUCCAUGGCGUUUGCUAUUCAUUAACACAUGAGCCAGUGCAUUGUUCACACACAUCGAUGCCAUGCCGCAAACGCGCCGUAGAGGUGUCUUGGAAGGAUGCACAAUGCAUGGUGAAAGCGGUCUCAAUGUCAGCAGAGCGAGUUGAAGUUAAGCUACCGAGACCUACAUGUUGCCCAUCCUGCAUCCCUGCACGUUGCCUAUUCAAUGAGGCUUCUAGGUUCAUCAAGACACCUUCUAAUCAAGACACCUUCUAUGUGAAGCUGCGAAGUCAUAUUGGCAACGAGGCCUCCUUCCAUAUCGAAAGGCUUCAGUGCAAUGACACCCCAUUCUCAGUGAACAUGCCUCCAGAGUCUAGACGGUACACACUCAGUGAUAUGGCACCGACAUGGCAGGUGAUCUUAAGAAACAGAACAGUCAUAUCAUUGCUAAGGCGCGUGAAGCUCCCAUGCACCGGGCGAAAUGAAUUCGAGAACCCCAUUAUAACCACGAACACGCACCUUGCAGCCACAAGCACGAGGUAAUCCGGCGACAAACGGGGUUGCCAUGCGUUUUGCUUGUCGAACAUGGCCACAUUCUGUCGUUUGUGUAAUCACAGCUGUCCAGAC